CCAUGGACGCCGAGUUCCUCGUCAGUCACAACUACCAGGUGCUGGAUGUCAUAGGAGAGGGCGCCUAUGGCGUUGUCUGCUCUGCGAUGCAUGUGCCGACCCAGCGAAAAGUCGCUAUCAAGCGUAUCACCCCGUUCGAUCACUCUAUGUUUGCUCUCCGUACUUUGCGCGAGAUCAAGCUGCUGCGCCACUUCCACCACGAGAACAUCAUCUCCAUCCUUGAUAUCUUGCGCCCCACCAGUUUGGAUGAUUUCAAGGAAGUGUACCUCGUGCAGGAGCUUAUGGAGACGGACCUCCACCGCGUAAUCCGGACCCAGGAGCUGAGCGACGACCACUGUCAAUACUUUAUUUAUCAGACGCUCCGGGCGCUAAAGGCACUGCAUUCCGCGGACGUGCUGCAUAGAGAUCUGAAGCCCUCGAAUCUCCUGCUGAACGCGAACUGCGACCUGAAGCUCUGCGACUUCGGACUGGCUCGUUCAGCCCGCCCGCCUCCAAACGUGGAUGAUACCAGCACGUUCAUGACUGAAUAUGUCGCGACUAGGUGGUACCGCGCACCCGAGGUGAUGCUUACGUUCAAAGAGUACACGCGCGCUAUAGACAUAUGGAGCGUUGGCUGCGUCUUGGCGGAGAUGCUCAGCGGCAAGCCGUUAUUCCCAGGACGAGAUUAUCACCACCAGCUCUCGCUCAUCCUAGACAUCCUCGGGACGCCGUCCCUGGAUGAUUUCUAUGCCAUUACUUCGCCUCGCUCUAGAGAGUACAUACGCGCGCUCCCUUUCCGGAAGAAAAAACCUUUCUCGACGCUGUUCCCGAACGCGAAUCCCUUGGCCAUCGACUUCCUGGAGCAAUGUCUGACUUUCAGUCCCAAGAGACGGAUACAAGUAGAGGAGGCAUUGAAACAUCCAUACCUCGAGCCAUACCAUGAUCCACAAGACGAGCCCACUGCAGAGCCGUUAGACCCCUCCUUCUUUGACUUUGAUAAUGGCAUACCACUUGAAAAGGAAGAGUUGAAAGUGCUCAUAUAUGAAGAAAUAAUGAAGCCAUAACUGCUAUUUGUUGGAUAACUCUUGCACUGCUCAGAACAUAGUUUAGUAUACCCUGACUAAUCUUAGCAUUAUGAAUACUGCCACUAGUAUGGGGACACACACCCAGCUUUCUAAUAUGAACAAUCAUGACUUGC